UACCUAUGUCUAUGUGGUGAUCAAUUGUUAGCUACAGCUCGUUCGCCCACGACCCGUUCGACGAAAUGUCGCUGUGGGAUCGUUGGGUCGACGCCGCUCUCUCCGAGCUCUCCUCGAAGAAGCUCCUCCGCUCCACCCGCCCCAUCUCUCUCCCUUCGCUAACCCCCGCCGCGAAUCCAUCGCUGGAGAUCGAGACCUUCGACGGCCCCGGCCCGUGGGACCGUUCCUCUGUGGAAGUCCAAAUCGACGAACCCACCUUCCGGGAAUGGCUCUCCGAACUCCCUUUCGACGGUGUUGAGGGAAUUGGUGAGGAUGAGAAUGUUGGUGGUGGAAAGAUGCUUCUUUUCUCCGGGAACGAUUACUUGGGCUUGAGCUCUCACCCGGCGGUUCGGAGCGCCGCCGCGAAGGCAGCCCGAGAAGUCGGUAUGGGACCGAGAGGCUCUGCAUUGAUUUGUGGGUACACUAAUUAUCAUAAACAGCUUGAGAUUUCGCUAGCGAAUUUGAAGAAAAAAGAGGAUUGCGUUCUUUGCCCAACUGGAUUUGCUGCCAACCUGGCUUUCAUGACUGCCUUGGGGAGUAUUAGCUCUCUUUUGUCUCUUAGAAGGACGCCGUCUGAUGAUGAGAGAGUCGCGAUAUUUUCGGAUGCUUUGAACCAUGCAUCAAUUAUUGAUGGUAUCCGCCUCGCCGAGAAGCAACAAGGCACGAAAGUUUUUGUCUAUAGGCACUGCGACAUGGCCCAUCUCGACUCCUUGCUGUAUGUUUUGCCCGCUAAAGAUGAUCAAGCUACAGACAUGGCUUAUCCUCCAAUUUCUCAGAGUGACUUGAUUGGUGGUGAAUUUUUUACAAAAAGAUCCUCCCCAUUGUUACUGUGCAGCCUGUUCAGCAUGGACGGAGAUUUUGCUCCGCUGCCCGAACUCGUCGCCCUCCGCAGGAAGCAUGGGUUUCUGUUGGCCAUAGAUGAUGCUCAUGCAACACUAGUUUGCGGUGAGAGUGGUGGUGGUGCCGCAGAAAUAUAUGAAUGUGAAGAUGAAGUUGACAUAUGCAUCGGCACUCUGAGCAAAGCUGCUGGUUGCAAUGGUGGAUUUAUUGCAUGCAGCAAUACAUGGAAGCAGCUAAUACAAUCGAGGGGUCGCGCUUUUAUAUUUUCGACUUCUCUGGCUGUGCCCAUUGCUGCUGCUUCACAUGCUGCUAUUAGUGUGGCAAGAAAGGAGAAAUGGCGGAGAUCAGCAAUUUGGAGUCGUGUGAAAGAGUUCAACUCUCUGACCCGACUUAGUAUAACUAGUCCUAUAAUUUCCCUGGUAAUUGGGAGCGAAGAAGCAGCACUUAGAGCAAGCAGGCACAUGCUGAGAUCUGGUUUUCAUGUGACUGCAAUAAGACCACCUACGGUUGCUCCCAACUCGUGCAGGCAAAAGAAGACAUUUACUUAACUUGCUACAGAUUGCGGAUAACUCUUACUGCGGCUCAUACAACGGAGGAUAUUAAAAGGCUUGCUGCAGCAUUGUCUCCAUGGAUUAGUGCACCAGUUCUGGAUCAUAGCAGUCCAAUAGUUUCAAAGCUCUAGAUUUCGGAAGUGAUGGCCCGAGAAUCAAAGGACACUGGUGCCAAAUCAAAUCCGUUCGGUUGGGCUAAUUUUGUGAAUAUAUUUGACUUGGUUGUUUGGGUUUGUUUCAAUCCAUUUUGAUCUUAUUUGGUAGUAUUAUAUAAUUAUUGGUUUAGGGGCAAAGCAUUCAUUGUUCCCACAUGGAAUGGGAUUCGAAUUCGCUUUGCUUUUAAGUAGUGGUGUAACUUGUAGAUGUGAUGUAAAAUACAAAACAGGUCUGCAGAUGAACAGUCGCAAGUUCUCAGACAACUUAUUCCUUACGUGGCAAUCAGUGCGCGAUCUUAGGGCUUAGUUCAAAUGUUGUAAAUUUCAUCCAGUUAUAUAGAAUUUAAUUUACCACGGGCCCUUGGUUCGAAUUAGAAUUUGAUUUUAAAGGCUAUUUUAUGGGCUUA